AUGUCUUCUAACAAACUCUCGCGGCUCUUCAACGUCGUAACUCAGAAGCAGAGCUCUUCUCCGGUUUCGAUAUCAGACGCAGAAACCGCCAGAAGAAUCACGGCGUACCUGGAGAAAUCCACCGUCGGAAAACUCCAAUCGAAUCCAUCGCUUCUCUUUAAUCUGAAUUCAAAUGUAACCCGCCUCGUUCUAUCGGAACCUACUCUCCCCACUCAAUCGUGCAUCGAUUUCUUCAAGUUUCUUCGCACAUUCGAAUCCCGUCUCAAACCCGACCUCACGGCGGUUGUUACCUUAGCUCACCGUCUGUAUUCCGAUCGGAAAUUCCACGAGAUGAGAUCUCUCCUGAAUUUGGUCGCUUCCGACGGGUUUUACGAACGUCCGGUUGAGGUUUUAGGAUCGACGAUGGCGGAUUGCGACAUUUCCGAAGAAAAGCUCGAAUUUUCGGAAACGGUUUUCGAUUUGGUAUUUAGGGUUUAUGUGGAUAACGGAAUGUUUGAAGAGGGUCUAAAGGUUUUCGAUUACAUGGCCGAGAAAGGAUUGAGUAUCGACGAGAGAUCCUGCAUUGUUUUCCUAGUCGCGGCGAAGAAACGCCGGAAAAUUGAUCUCUGUUUGGACUUCUUCAGGCGAAUGGUUGAUUCCGGAGUGAGGAUCACUGUUUACUCAUUGACAAUCGUCGUCGAAGGAUUAUGCAGAAGAGGUGAAAUCGAAAAGAGUAAGAAACUGAUCAGAGACUUCUCUCGUAAAGGAAUCAAACCCGAAGCUUACACUUACAACACCAUCAUCAACGCGUAUGUCAAACAGAGAGACUUCUCCGGCGUGGAAGAGAUACUGAAGGCGAUGAAGAAGAACGGAGUGGCGUAUGACAAGGUUACGUAUACGCAUCUGAUGGAUUUGAGCAUCAAGAACGGGAAAAUGGCUGAUGCGGAGAAAGUGUUCGACGAAAUGCGUGAGAGAGGAAUAGAAUCCGAUAUCUAUGUGUAUACUUCUCUGAUAACUUGGCAUUGCAAAAAGGGAAAUGUUAAGAGAGCGUUUUUGUUGUUUGAUGAAUUGACAGAGAAGGGACAUUCGCCGACUAGUCACACUUACGGCGCUCUCAUCGACGGUGUGUGUAAGGUCGGAGAAAUGGGUGCGGCGGAGAUCCUGAUGAACGAGAUGCAGAGCAGAGGAGUUAAUAUCACUCAGGUGGUGUUCAAUACGUUGAUUAAUGGAUACUGUAGAAAAGGGAUGGUUGAUGAAGCUUUGGUUAUUUAUGAUGUGAUGGAGAAGAAAGGGUUUGAAGCUGAUGUGUACACUUUCAAUACGAUUGCUAGCUGUUUGAAUAGAGUGAAGAGGUACGACGAGGCAAAGCAAUGGCUGUUCAGGAUGAUGGAAGGUGGUGUGAGGCUUAACACUGUUUGUUAUACUAAUCUGAUCGAUGUUUACUGCAAUGAAGGGAAUGUUGAGGAGGCCAAGAGGCUGUUUGUGGAGAUGAGCGGUAAAGGAGCACAGCCAAACGCUUGGACGUACAAUGUGAUGAUCGGUGCGUACUGCAAGAAAGGGAAAGUGAAGGAAGCACGUAGACUUAAGGCUGAUAUGGAAGCAAAAGGGAUGGAGCAGGAUUUGUAUACCUACACGUCGUUGAUACACGGGGAAUGUGUUGCUGGUAAUGUUGAGGAAGCGAUGAGGUUAUUUAGCGAGAUGGGUUCGAAGGGUUUGGAGCAGAGCUCUGUAACGUACACGGUGAUUAUUUCGGGUUUGUCUAAAGCUGGGAAAUCGGAUGAAGCCUUUGGGUUGUAUGAUGAGAUGAAAAGGAAAGGAUACGCAAUAGAUAAUAAGGUUUAUACUGCACUCGUUGGAAGUAUGCAUUCACCAGAUGCUUAA